AUGGGCCAAUUGGUUGAACAAUUUAUAAAGUUAAAACCAACCCAGUUUGAUGGCAUUGGAGAUCCCGAGUUGGCACCAAGAUGGAUUGAGAAACUUGAGAAAGCUUUUGGGGUGCUGAAGUGCACCGAUGAAGAGAAAGUAUUAUUAGGCGUAUAUCAUUUGGAAGGGACCGCCAAUGAUUGGUGGAAUGCUUCGAAAGAUGGAGUGUUUCCCGAAGGUACUACCUUGACGUGGGCUGCUUUCACAUAUGCUUUUAAUGAUAAGUACUUUUCGGAGACGGCGCGUGAGAGGAAACGGAUUGAAUUCCAACAGUUAAGACAGAAUCGAUUAAGCGUGGAUCAGUAUGAAGUUGAGUUCGCGAGAUUGUCAAGAUAUGCGCCAAGAUCGAUUGAGGAUCCUAGGGAGAAAGCGCAGAGGUUUCGGGAUGGUUUGAGACCGGAGAUUCGCAAUCGAAUCAUAACUGUGAACUUGAGAACGUAUAGAGAUAUCUAUGAGAGAAGUCGGAUGAUUGAAAGAGACAUAAAAGAAAGAGCUGAUGUUUCUGGAUUGCGGUUCACUCCUUCGAGAGAUAGUCGACAUUUGGGUAAGAGGCCGGUAGUAAAUAAUAAACGUUUCAUUCCCCGAGUUCGAGGGAACAUCGGAAAAUCGUUGAAUCAGCCGAACCGGUAUUGCCGUCUUUGUGGUAGAAGACAUGGAAGGGGCCCUGCCCUACUAAGACAGGUGCAUGUUUCGGGUGUGGUCGGCUAG